GUUCUCUGCGACGGUAGCAGAGAGGAGCAGCUCAUCAUGCCGACAGUGGUGGUGAUGGACGUGUCGCUCUCCAUGACACGGCCGGUGUCAGUGGAGGGCUCCGAGGAGUACCAGCGGAAGCACUUGGCUGUCCACGGCCUGACCAUGCUGUUCGAGCACAUGGCGACCAACUACAAGCUGGAAUUCACAGCCUUGGUGGUGUUUUCGUCACUUUGGGAGCUGAUGGUGCCCUUUACGAGAGAUUACAACACGCUGCAGGAAGCCCUAAGUAACAUGGAUGAUUAUGACAAAACCUGUCUAGAGUCAGCGCUGCUGGGGGUUUGCAAUAUUGUCCAGCACUGUUCUUGGGAUCCAGCUGUCUCCUGCCAGGUUGUUCUUGUCACCGAUGGCUGCUUGGGGAUCGGCAGAGGCUCCCUGCGGCACUCACUGGCUACUCACAACCAGCGAAGUGAAAGCAACCGGUUCCCGUUGCCUUUCCCAUUCCCGUCCAAGUUGUAUGUCAUGUGCAUGGCAAAUCUCGAAGAGCUUCAAAGCACGGAUUCCUUAGACUGCCUGGAACGGCUCAUAGAUUUAAACAACGGGGAGGGGCAAAUUUUCACCAUUGAUGGACCCCUUUGCCUGAAGAACGUGCAGUCAAUGUUUGGAAAGCUAAUAGACCUGGCAUAUACACCAUUCCAUGCUGUUCUCAAGUGUGGCCACUUAACAUCUGAUGUGCAAGUAUUUCCCAGACCAGAACCUUUCAUUAUAGAUGAGGAAAUAGACCCCAUCCCUAAAGCAAUUAAUACAGAUCUAGAAAUUGUUGGGUUUGUAGAUAUAGCUGACAUUUCUAGCCCUCCCGUCUUGUCCAGACACUUGGUACUGCCCAUUGCACUUAACAGAGAAGGUGAUGAGGUGGGACCUGGGAUCACAGAUGACACCGAAGAUGAGAAUUCAGCUAAUCAGAUUGCCGGGAAAAUCCCCAACUUCUGUGUUUUAUUACACGGCAGCCUGAAAGUGGAAGGCAUGGUGGCUGUCGUCCAGUUGGGGCCAGAGUGGUACGGAAUGCUCUAUUCACAAGCUGAUAGCAAGAAGAAAUCAAACCUCAUGAUGUCACUCUUUGAACCUGGUCCUGAGCCCCUUCCAUGGCUAGGGAAGAUGGCACAGCUUGGACCUAUUUCAGAUGCAAAAGAAAAUCCUUACGGAGAGGAUGACAAUAAGAGCCCUUUCCCCUUGCAACCCAAGAACAAGCGCAGUUACGCACAGAACGUUACCGUAUGGAUUAAACCAAGUGGCCUCCAGACGGAUGUACAGAAGAUCUUGAGAAAUGCAAGGAAACUCCCUGAAAAAACUCAAACCUUCUAUAAAGAACUUAAUCGUUUACGAAAGGCAGCUCUGGCCUUUGGCUUUCUGGACCUCUUGAAAGGCGUGGCAGACAUGCUGGAGCGGGAGUGCACCCUGCUUCCAGACACGGCUCAUCCGGAUGCAGCGUUUCAGCUCACACAUGCUGCUCAGCAGCUAAAAGUGGCAAGUACUGGAGCAUCGGAGUAUGCUGCCUAUGAUCAUAACAUUGCACCACUGCAGACAGACUUUUCCAGUAGCAGCACUGAAAGAAUGUGAAGUCUCCGUUUUGGGAACUUCUAUAGAUUUAAGACUCGAGUGGUUCAAAUUUUCUUGUCCUGUUUACUUUCUAGGGCCUGUUUAAUUACUGUUUGGAGAACUUCCUAUCAAAACAGGGUCCCUUACCUGCAUCAGUGCUCUCUAAAUAAAUGUAGCUAGUUUGUGGUGGCUUUAGUCAGACCUGGAAACUGUGGAAAGUGUCCCAAAGCCAAUUACUGUGUUGGAUGACGGGUGGAAGUUACUCACUACGUGUGAGGAGAGAAAGAAAACGCCAUCAGAGGCAGCAGACUGCUUGUGGCUUUUGGCCUCCCUACAAUGUUGUUACUACACAA